AUGGUCAGCAGUCGUCCUCUCUUUUUCUUGGUUGCUCGACUGCUUAUGGUCGCUGCACCCUAUGGGCAGGUUGUUGCGCAUUUUUGGGCGCCAUGGAGCGAACAGUGCAAGCACAUGGACACUGUGCUGCAGGAGCUGUGCAGAACUUACCCCCAGACUGGGUUUGUGCGAGUGGAAGCUGAAGAAGUUGUGGACCUCUCGGAGAAGUAUAGUGUGGCAGUAGUCCCCCUGUUUCUUUUCUUUCAGUCAGGUCAGCUUGUUUACAGGCUGGAAGGUGCAGAUGCUCUGGCAUUGACAGAGAAGGUCCAAGAAUACUCAGGGACCUCCACUGCUGCACCCAACACUGAAGAUGUCGAAAAGCGGAUAAAAGUGAUCAUUGAUUCAGAGCCCAUCAUGCUGUUCAUGAAGGGCACACCUGAGGCGCCCCGCUGCAAGUUCAGCUCCAAGGUGGUUGGUGUCCUUCGAGAGCUAGGAAUAAGCUUUGGGCAUUUUGACAUCCUCAGCGAUGAGAAGAUCAGGCAGGGCCUGAAGGAGUACUCGCAGUGGCCAACGUUCCCCCAGCUGUACGUGAAGGCGGAGUUCAUUGGGGGCUGCGACAUUAUCCUGGAGAUGCAGCAGAGUGGCGAAUUGCGCAAAACACUCGAGCAGGCUCUGGGACCUUCUGUACAGCCUGGUGACCCAACUGCCCGGUUGAAAUCUCUUGUCACCAGGAGCCCCAUCAUGCUGUUCAUGAAGGGGUCCCCCGACGAGCCACGAUGCGGCUUCAGCGCGAGGGUGGUGGAGAUGCUGAGGGGGGCAGGAGUCAGUUUUGGGCAUUUUGACAUCCUUGGGGACGACACUGUGCGACAGGGGUUGAAAGAGUACUCGCAAUGGCCGACGUAUCCUCAGCUGUAUGCAAACGGCGAAUUCAUAGGCGGCUGUGACAUUGUCACCGAGCUUGACGCAGCUGGGGAGCUACUGUCGACCAUCGAGGCCGCCCAACAGGCUGCCUGA